AGCAGCCAUAUAACACCCCAUUCCAAUUAUUUUCAGAUCAGAUUCCCAAAUCGUGGAACUAUCAUAUUAAGAAAGAACUAAAGACUACCUUUGGAAGGAUCACUUCUGUGCAUCACUAACAAUGGUCUUUUGCAACAACGUACCUUUACCAGGAGUCAAGCUUAUGCAAUUUUUUGCCUCCCUUGGUCUUAUUUUCUCAGGGCUAAACAUGUGGAGAGGCACUGAAGGCUGGUCAUACCAUUACUCAGCCAAAACCAUGGACUGGGAAGAUGCCAGAAACUGGUGCAGGCAGCACUACACAGACAUGGUGGCCAUCCAGAACAAAGAGGAGAUAUCUCACCUACACAACUUCCUUCCAAAACCAGAAAAUGGAUAUUACUGGAUCGGGAUGCGUAAAACUGAUGGCAUCUGGACAUGGGUGGGAACCAAUAAGCAGCUUUCCAAGAAAGCUGAGAACUGGGCAUAUAAAGAGCCCAAUAAUGGAGGAAGUAAUGAAGACUGUGUGGAAAUGUACAUUAAAAGAGGCAAAGAUGAUGGCAAAUGGAAUGACAUGCCCUGUUCACGCAGUAAUACUGCACUCUGUUACACUGCAUCCUGCAAAAAUGACUCCUGCAUCAGUGGUCAAGGAGAGUGUGUGGAGACCAUAAACAACCACACAUGUUCAUGCUUUGAGGGUUUCUAUGGAGAAAAGUGUGAGCAUGUUGUAAAAUGCAAACCAGAGGACAUCACCACACCACAUCAUGGCAGUGUCCAGUGCUCUCAUCCUAAUGGAAAUUUCUCAUAUAACUCUCAGUGUGAAUACUCCUGUGAGGAAGGUUAUAAAAUAAAGGGUUCCAGUAUGACAAGAUGCACUUCUACCAAAGAGUGGUCAAGCAGACAACCGACCUGUGAAUUUGUUCAAUGUCCAGAGCUGACAGAGCCACAGAAGGGCACUAUGCAAUGCCACGAUCCAAUGGGCAAAUUCAGCUACCAAUCCACCUGUGAGUUUGUAUGUGAAGAAGGAUACACUUUGGGAGACUCCAGCUCUUCUACACUCUUCUGUGGGGCCAAUGGACACUGGAAUGCUUCACAACCCUAUUGUAAAAUUGUAAAAUGCAAACCAGAGGACAUCACGACCCCACAUCAUGGAGGUGUCCAAUGCUCUCAUCCUAAUGGACAUUUGUCAUAUGACUCAAACUGUGAAUACUCCUGUGAGGAGGGUUAUAAAAUAAAAGGUUCCAGUACAACAAGAUGCACUUCUACCAAAGAGUGGUCAAGCAGACCACCAACCUGUGAACUUGUCCAAUGUCCAGAGCUGACGGAGCCACUGGGAGGCACAAUGCAGUGUCACGAUCCUAAAGGUAACUUCAGCUACCAAUCCACAUGCGACUUUGUAUGUGACGAAGGAUACACACUAAGAGACUCCAGCUCUUCUACACUGUUUUGUGGAAUCACAGGACACUGGAAUGAUUCACAACCCAACUGUGAAAUUGUAAAAUGCAAACCAGAGGACAUCACGACCCCACAUCAUGGAGGUGUCCAAUGCUCUCAUCCUAAUGGACAUUUGUCAUAUGACUCAAACUGUGAAUACUCCUGUGAGGAGGGUUAUAAAAUAAAAGGUUCCAGUACAACAAGAUGCACUUCUACCAAAGAGUGGUCAAGCGGACCACCAACCUGUGAACUUGUCCAAUGUCCAGAGCUGACGGAGCCACUGGGAGGCACAAUGCAGUGUCACGAUCCUAAAGGUAACUUCAGCUACCAAUCCACAUGCGACUUUGUAUGUGACGAAGGAUACACAUUAAGAGACUCCAGCUCUUCUACACUGUUUUGUGGAAUCACAGGACACUGGAAUGAUUCACAACCCAACUGUGAAACUGUAAAAUGCAAACCAGAGGACAUCACCACACCAGAUCAUGGCAGUGUCCAGUGCUCUCAUCCUAAUGGAAAUUUCUUAUAUGACUCUCAGUGUACAUUUUCCUGUGAAGAGGGUUAUAAAGUAAAGGGUUCCAGUACAACAAGAUGCACUUCUACCAAAGAGUGGUCAAGUGGACCACCGACCUGUGAACUUAUUCAGUGCCCGGCCCUUGAGAACCCUGCGGAUGGAGAGCUUAUCUGCACUUCAGACUUUAGUUAUGGAAGCAAGUGUAUCUUCAGUUGUGCAGAGAGAUACCGCCUCCAAGGGGCGUCAGAGAUCAGCUGUACGAAAACGGCAGAGUGGAGUCAGGAAACACCUCACUGUGAAGCUCAUCCUGAAGCCUUGGUGACAGAGGUGACUCUUGGGGUUGCAGCUGCUGCCAGUAGCUCUGGUCUGUUAUUAGCCCUCUGGAUGCUGAAGAAAUUGAGGCGUAAUGCUAACAAGUUUGACCUAAACAGUAACUCAGAAAUUGAAGAUCAACCUCAGGUUUAUAAGAACAGUAUUGCCAGUCUCAUAUAGAGCAGAAAAGCAUCAGAAUACGCAGAGGACUCUACCAAUGCUGCGCCGGUGGACAUAGAAAUCCUUGUAAUUGCAUUUCCAAAAAACACACUUCACAAGAUCUUCAUAAGGGAACCACAGUGAUGGGCAUUACAGUCUUCAUUAAAUGUGAUUUUUACUUCCUAAUGGAAGCUUUUAUUAUUUACCUGACUGAGCACAUUGUUCUUUAAUGUGUUGUGUGUGAAUGUUCUUGUUGUAAUGUUAUUAAUAUACACUAUUUUAUUGUACUUAUUUAUAUUUUUAAGCAGUGUUAGUCUAAUUAAACUGUUUGACAAAAUAAACCCAAUACAUUUGGACUUUCUUGAA